ACAUCCGCGUUCCUCACAGAGAGCUGCCCCAGCCCAGGACUCCCAGCCUUGGAGUGGAGAAGCCCUGAGAGGAUCAGACUCACUGCUCCCCACUGCUUGUGCCUCAAAGAGGGAUGCACGCCAGGUGGGCCUGCUGACCCGUCGAUGAGGCGGGCCCCCUGCCUGGGCCUGCGCCCCUGGCUGGGCAUGCGCCUGUCGGUGCGUAAGGUGUUGCUGGCUGCUGGCUGUGCACUGGCCCUGGUGCUGGCCCUGCAUCUUGGGCAGCAAGUGUUAGAGUGCCGGGCAGUGCUCGGGGGCAUGCGGAGCCCAAGGAGGAUGCGGCCAGAGCAGGAGGAACUGGUGAUGCUUGGUGCCAACCAGGUGGAGUACCGCUAUGGCAAGGCCAUGCCGCUCAUCUUUGUGGGUGGCGUACCUCGCAGCGGCACCACCCUCAUGCGCGCCAUGCUGGACGCGCACCCUGAGGUGCGCUGUGGGGAAGAGACGCGCAUCAUUCCUCGUGUGCUGGCCAUGCGGCAGGCCUGGUCAAAGUCUGGCCGGGAGAAGCUGAGACUGGACGAAGCAGGUGUGACAGACGAGGUGCUGGAUGCCGCCAUGCAGGCCUUCAUCCUGGAGGUGAUUGCCAAGCAUGGCGAGCCAGCACGUGUGCUGUGUAACAAGGACCCCUUCACGCUCAAGUCCUCUGUCUACUUGGCACGCCUGUUCCCCAACUCCAAAUUUCUGCUAAUGGUCCGCGAUGGCCGGGCCUCCGUGCACUCCAUGAUCACUCGCAAGGUCACCAUUGCAGGCUUUGACCUCAGCAGCUACCGAGACUGUCUUACAAAGUGGAACAAGGCCAUCGAGGUGAUGUACGCACAGUGCAUGGAGGUGGGCAGGGACAAGUGCCUGCCUGUGUACUAUGAGCAGUUGGUGCUGCACCCCCGGCGCUCACUCAAGCGCAUCCUAGACUUCCUGGGCAUCACCUGGAGUGACACAGUCCUGCACCAUGAGGACCUCAUUGGCAAGCCUGGGGGCGUCUCCUUGUCCAAGAUUGAGCGGUCCACGGACCAGGUCAUCAAACCCGUGAACUUGGAAGCACUCUCCAAGUGGACUGGCCACAUCCCUGGAGACGUGGUGAGGGAUAUGGCCCAGAUUGCCCCCAUGCUGGCUCGGCUUGGCUAUGACCCAUAUGCAAACCCGCCCAACUAUGGGAACCCCGACCCAAUUGUCAUCAACAACACACACCGGGUCUUGAAAGGAGAUUAUAAAACGCCAGCCAAUCUGAAAGGAUAUUUUCAGGUGAACCAGAACAGCACCUCCUCGCACCUGGGAAGUUCGUGAUAUCCAGUCUCUGCAGGGCUCAGAUGUUGUGUGCACACAGAAGUUGGACUAACCCGAGCACAUUGCUUCCCCUCAGUCAUGCCAUGGUCUGCGGAGGCCGAGCAUUCAUCUCAGUGGAAACAAAUGUGGAGCCUCUGCCUUUGGAUGUUUCAGGGUGGACACCGAGGAGGACACGACUUCAGCUUCAGGAACUUAGGAAUUUUCUAUUUUUUUUCUCCUUGAGAACUUUUUUAAAAGAAUUGAAUUUGCUAUCUUCCCUGAUGAACAGACUCCUCUGGUGGCCUCAUUUCCUGGGACAAAACCCAUGACCCAUGACCUGUUCCUCUCCUUGACUUGGACUCUGAACUCAGAGGAUCUAUUUAAGAGUUUAAUAUAUGGGCUUCCCUCCAUCCUUUAGUCCUACUCAAUUUCACAGAGAGAAGAAUUUAUUUGAAUAAAGUAAACAGGCUGCUGUCUGUGCCUUACUUCA